AUGACGUCGUCAUCAGUUUUUUCCUGAACUGAGUACUUAAUUUUUGAUCUGUCUAAUUGUUCAGUCUACAAUAACAACCUGCAUGGUAAGCCAUGCAUUUUGUGUCCAGCCGGAAUCAUAGAAAUAAUUGAAAGGUUAUGAGCUCGUGUAUCGUUCAGGGUAACUGGCACGCUCCUCGAAUCAUCGUUGAUAGAAAGAAAUCGUGCCUUUUCUUGAGUCUGGAUUAUGUGGGAUGGCUUUCCGUUGAGGAAAAAAAAUUCAAACUUUUGUCGUAUCCGCUAUUGUAGUGGAGGAACCAGGUACUGCCGAGAGACAGCAGGGAUCGUAUGCAAACAGUUUUUCGCAAUGAAGCUUCCUCGGAUUACGAAUAAAAUUUUUAUAAAGUUCUCAGUUUGCUAG